UCAGAGAUAUGAUAGGAGUGACGCUUGAGUUGAGUGACUACUAAUGCAAAAAACUUGUUAAGAAAUAGAGUUGAUUUGAAUACCAGUGCAAGUGUUGGCCAUAAGCUUAUAAAUUGAUGACAACUAACUGUUGAGUCGUUAGUUUUAAUGGUUGUAUGUUUGGAUGAAGACUAAGACUUCAAUUUAUUAGAAGAGUUACCAAAUGAAUGACACGAAUUGUUAGUGAGAGUCGUGUGCUCUCAGACCUCACCAUUUAAUACCAAUGCUUUGGUCGGUAAUCAUCAAGAAUUGACUAUAAUUUCUAACACCACAUAAGCCUCACCUAAACUUAAGCCAAAAACCACUAAAUAAGAGAGUAAUUCAUUAGAAGUUUAGGCGGAAUUGAUAUCACAUCUUAUGUUGUGUUAAGCCGUUUAUCGAUCGACUCGAGAUCUGGUAUAUACAGUCAGACUCUCCUCAUAGUGUUUGUUAGUUUGAACUGUUUGGCACUUGAAAUACUGGUGCCCACGAUAUGCCAAACACAACCAAAAGUAUAUUAUGAGUGUCACCAAUAAGUUUGAUAUGGAUGUCACUGUCACUGAACAUAAUCAUCGCAAUGCUUACCCCAUAGGACACGACAAUCAACACAUGAACUCAACAAAUAAGGGAUUUUUUAUUAAAACUUGGGUUAUAUUUAUCUUACUCUUCAUAGCCAUCACUUGUAUUGCAGGCAUUGCUGUGUUUGUGGGACUUUUUAAUCCUUUUCAGAGUUGUGUCUGUGAUAAUAGUACAUCACUUUUGUCUAAAUGUAUGAACAAUCAGACAAAUGCUGACAAUAGAUGUUUAUCUUCACUAUCUCGUGAUUGUAUAACCGAUCAAACAAAAGUUGCAUCACUUUAUGCAUCAACUAAUCGUCAAUCAGUCCGAUUACCCAAAAGUAUUGUUCCCACACAUUAUGAGGUUCAGCUCCAGACAUAUAUUGGACCACAAGAUUUCUACUUUGAUGGCAAUGUGACAAUUUGGUUAGAGUGUAGACAAAGCACUGAUAACAUUACUGUUCACAUCAAUGACAUUGUCAUCUACAACGAGUCGGUGUAUCUGUUGGAUGACCGCAAACAGCAAUUGCCAUAUAUCUCACACUUCAGUCACGAAACUAAACGACAAUUUUUUAUAAUACAUUUGAAUACAUAUCUAAAACAUGGAAAGCAAUACAUUUUGCAAAUCAAAUUCAAAGGCAAUCUUAACGAUGACUUAUCCGGUUUCUAUAGGAGUUCCUAUAAGGACAGCGCUGGCAAUAAAAGAUGGCUUGCGGUCACUCAGUUCCAGCCGACGGACGCCCGACGAGCCUUCCCGUGCUUUGACGAGCCAUCCAUGAAAGCAACGUUUGCCAUAACAUUAAUACAUUUACAUAAUUAUAUAUCGAUAUCCAAUAUGCCUAAAGUUAACACUGAAAUAAGAGGGGAAUGGGUUGCCGACACAUUUGCAGCAACGGUCAAAAUGUCAACUUAUUUAUUGGCAUUUUUAGUCAGCGAUUUUCAAUCAAUAUCUCAUGAAAAUGGAAAUUUCCGAGUGUGGUCGCGGGUCAAUGCCAUUGAAACAGCAAAUUAUUCAUUAAAAGUGGGACCAAAACUACUCAAAUAUUAUGAAGACUACUUUAAUAUAUCGUAUCCAUUGCCAAAAAUGGAUAUGGUAGCGGUUCCCGAUCUAAAUGCCGGUGCAAUGGAAAACUGGGGAUUAAUUAUAUACCGAGAGACAGCUAUGCUUUAUGAUGAAACUGUUUCUUCAUCACAUAAUCUUCAACGAGUGGCCACAGUUGUCGCACACGAAUUGGCUCAUCAAUGGUUUGGCAAUUUAGUGACUCCCAAGUGGUGGGACGAUCUAUGGUUAAAUGAAGGGUUUGCCUCUUUUAUGGAGUACGAGGGCGUGGAUGCUGUUUAUCCCAAAUGGCAAAUGUUUCAGCAGUUUGUUGUCGAUGAGAUUCAGGAUGUGUUUGAAUUGGAUUGUCUGACAACAUCACACCCGAUAUCAGUUCCGGUUCAUAAUCCGGAUGAGAUAAAUGAAAUAUUUGAUAGGAUUUCUUAUGGAAAGGGCGCAUCCAUUAUCCGAAUGAUGGCUUACUUUCUAAAUCGGGAUACUUUUAGGAAAGGAGUUUCUAAUUAUUUGAAUGCAUGGCGUUAUGAUAAUGCUGUUCAGGACGACCUCUGGAACUAUUUGACAUUAGCUGUUAAUAAUAGUCUUAAUGUUAAGAAAGUGAUGGACUCGUGGACACUGCAAGACGGCUAUCCAGUGGUCACAUUGACCCGAGAUUACGACAAUAGGAAGGCGUGGUUAACACAGAAGCGAUUUCUACUCGAUGUCAAUAACAACCAAAAUAACGGUAGUAUUGAUCCAUCGAAAUACUGGUGGGAAAUACCAAUUACUUACACAAACCAACGGAAUGCCAAUUGGGAUCCAAUUACUAAACUAUGGAUGACUCGGAGCAGUGCAAAACAUUCAAAAGUGUUUGCUAUUAAAGAUGAAGAUAUUCCUAAAAAUGACGAAUGGAUUAUAGCUAAUCUCCAAGAGGUUGGCUAUUAUCGAGUAAAUUAUGACAAAACCAAUUGGGAACUCAUAACCAAACAAUUGAUGUCAGAUCACAAUAAAAUACAUGUCAUAAACAGAGCUCAACUAAUAGACGAUGCACUGGACCUGUCCAGAGCUCAUCUUCUUGAUUAUCACAUUGGACUCAAUAUAACCCAAUAUUUGGUUAAUGAAAAGGAAUUCAUUGCCUGGGAGUCGGCUCUCAAUGCCUUUUCUUUCAUGGAUCGUAUGCUUAGGAGGAGUGCUGCCUAUGGUCUCUGGAAAGCUUAUAUUUUGAAGAUAAUAUCAAAUUUAUAUAAAGAAAUUACUUGGACUGUAACCGAGGACUCAGAGAAUAUAUUAGAAAAAUAUCUGCAAAUUAGUGUAAUCGGUUGGUCCUGUAAAUAUGGUUAUCCUCAUUGUACUCAACAAUCAAUGCAAUUAUUCAAUCAAUGGCGAGAAUAUGUCGAGAAUAAGCAAUUCAAGAAUCCGAUUCAUCCCAAUCUAAGAAGUAUUGUUUAUUGUACUGCUAUUGAAAACGGUUCCGAAGAAGAUUGGAAUUUCUUAUGGAAUCAGUUUCUUAACGUUUCUGUUGCCUCAGAAAAAGACAAACUGUUGCGGUCUUUGGCCUGCAGUCGUGAACCAUGGCUUUUGUCGCGAUUUAUGUGGCGUGCAUUCAACGGUUCCAGUGGUAUACGAAAACAAGACGCGAGUUAUGUCUUCCGAUCGGUGGCCACAAGUAAUUACGGUCGAGAUAUUGCUUAUAAUUAUUUGCGCGAUCAAUGGCAUCAUAUCGUCAAAUACUUUGGAAAAUCAUUUUUCUCGUUCGGAAGUUUAGUCAAAUCUGUGACCUCUUCGUUAAACACGGAUUUUGAUUUAAAACAGCUCCAAGAAUUUUAUAACAGUGUUAAAGACAAUGUGGGAACAGCUCAGAGAUCAUUCCUUCAGGCCAUUGAACAGACCAAAGCUAACGUGCAUUGGAUGCAAAGCCAUUACCAACAGAUCGAUAAUUGGCUCAUAAAACACAACACUUAAUCCGAUAAACAUCUUAAGUCUAAAAAGUUUUUUCUUUGAAUUUCUUAGUUUUUACUAAAAAGUUGGAAAAAAUAUAAUGAAUUGAAUCAAUCUUUCAAUUUAAUUGACUACUAAAUCAUUAGAUUAGACACAUAAUAAAUGUAAUUAAAUCAGUGGUAAGUACUACA